AUGGGCGAACCCACCCUUCCAUUACUUUCUAGGCGCGAGGUGGAAGCUUUAAUCGCCGAAGGCGGGUUGGUCUUCAUCCUCAACCAGUUCGUCAUCAGGGCCAAUCCAUGGAUCCCAUACCAUCCUGGCGGCGAAAAGGCUAUUAUGCACAUGGUCGGCCGCGAUGCCACGGACGAGGUCACCGCUCUACACUCCGCCGAGACAAAAGAACGGAUGAAGCGGUAUCGCAUCGGGAGAAUCCAGGGCCGAUGGACGAACUCCAUCCCGCCGAUCCAGGGAGGCAAAUUCAGGUCGCUUUCUGACGAAGCCGAGGCAGCCGACGGUAGCGAGGCCAGCUCGUCUAGCUCUCGCGACCCAUCACCGGUCUUCGACGGGACAUUCCGACGCCGCGGUGGAGCAGAAGAGGGUCUAUCCAGCUCGGCAUCGGUGACCUCUGUGUCAUCUGCUGAAGAGGACGAUGGGAUGGCCCACCUUGAUACCGUCACUCGAGAGAAGAUCAGCCUGGACCUGGACAAAUACCCUCCGGUCGACUACGAGACGCAGGACACUAUCGUCGCCAAGUACCGGCUGCUCAACGACCGCAUUGAAGCAGAGGGGCUAUACCAGUGCAACUACCGUGCAUACGCAGUGGAAGUAUGUCGGUACCUCCUCCUCUUCGGCUGUAUGCUGCUCACGCUGCACUGGGGCUGGUAUGCUGUGAGCGGAGUAUUCAUGGGCGCAGUCUGGCACCAGCUGGUCUUCAUCGUCCACGACGCCGGACACAUGGGGAUAACACACAACUUCCAAAUCGACUCGUGCAUAGGAAUAUUCAUCGCAGACUUCAUCGGCGGCCUCUCCGUCUGCUGGUGGAAGCACAACCACAACGUCCACCACAUCGUCACCAACUCGCCCGAGCACGACCCCGACAUCGAAUACCUACCUUUCCUCGCCCUCUCGCACCGCUGCUUCACCUCCCUCCGCUCCUCCUUCUAUGAACACAUCAUGUCCUAUGACACCCUCGCUACCUUCCUCAUCCCCUUCCAGUCCUACACCUACUACCCCCUCAUGCUCUUCGGCCGCUUCAACCUCUACCGCCUCUCCUGGUCCUACCUCCUCAGCAAGAACGUGCCCCGCAAGGGCCCAGCAAAAUACCACUGGUACCUCGAAAUCCUCGGCCAAACCGUCUUCUGGACCUGGUACGGCUACGCCAUCCUCUACCGCACAAUCCCAACCCUCUCAGGCCGUCUCGCCUUCUUCUUCAUAAGCCACAUGGUCCAAGCCCCGCUACACGUGCAAUUCACCCUCUCGCACUUCGCAAUGAGCACAGCAGACCUGGGCCCAUCCGAGUCCUUCCCGCAGAAAAUGCUGCGGACAACAAUGGACGUUGAUUGCCCGGCCUGGCUGGACUUUUUCCACGGCGGGUUGCAGUUCCAGGUUAUCCACCAUUUGUAUCCGCGCAUCCCGCGCCAUAAUUUGCGCAGGACGCAGGUUCUUGUUAGGGAGUUCUGUGACGAGGUGGGUAUUCCUUAUGCGCUUUAUGGGUUUGUGGAUAUGAAUCGGCAGGUGGUGGGUGCUUUGGGCGAGGUGGCGAGGCAGGCGAGGGUUUUGGCGAAGUGUCAGAAGGUUAUGGCUGGUGGGCAUGAGCAUGCCAAUUAA